CUGGAGCCUGAGGACGCACGGAGAGUCUGCCUCUAGGGGACUCCGGACUGUAGGCAUUACCAUGGCCCCUGUGCUUAGCAAGGACGCGGCGGACAUCGAGGACACCUGUCUGCUGCCCUCACCUCCAGUAUCUGAAUCCUGAAUAUUUGCUAAGAGUAUCCUGGCUUUAAAUCCUCGAAUACAAACUCAUGCAACUCUGCGUUCCACUUCGGCUAAAAAAUUGGACAAGAAGCAUUGGAAAAGAAAUCCCGAUAAGAACUGCUUUAAUUGCGAGAAGCUGGAGAAUAAUUUUGAUGACAUCAAGCACACGACUCUUGGUGAGCGAGGAGCUCUCCGAGAAGCAAUGAGAUGCCUGAAAUGUGCAGAUGCUCCCUGUCAGAAGAGCUGUCCAACUAAUCUGGAUAUCAAAUCGUUCAUCACAAGUAUCGCAAACAAGAACUAUUAUGGAGCUGCUAAGAUGAUUUUUUCAGACAACCCACUUGGUUUGAGCUGUGGAAUGGUAUGUCCAACCUCUGAUCUUUGUGUAGGUGGAUGCAAUUUAUAUGCCACUGAAGAGGGACCAAUUAAUAUUGGUGGACUGCAACAGUUUGCUGCGGAGGUGUUCAAAGCGAUGAAUAUACCACAAAUCAAAAAUCCUUCUUUGCCUCCCCCAGAAAAAAUGCCUGAAGCCUAUUCUGCAAAGAUUGCUCUUUUUGGUGCUGGGCCUGCAAGUAUAAGUUGUGCUUCCUUUUUGGCUCGAUUAGGCUACUCUGACAUCACUAUAUUUGAAAAACAAGAAUACGUUGGUGGUUUAAGUACUUCUGAAAUCCCUCAGUUCCGGCUGCCAUAUGAUGUAGUAAAUUUUGAGACUGAGCUUAUGAAGGACCUUGGUGUAAAGAUAAUUUGUGGUAAAAGCCUUUCAGUGAAUGAAAUGACUCUUCGCACUUUGAAAGAAGAAGGGUACAAAGUUGCUUUCAUUGGAAUAGGUUUGCCAGAACCCAAUAAAGACGACAUCUUCCAGGGCCUGACACAGGACCAGGGAUUUUAUACAUCCAAAGACUUUUUGCCACUUGUAGCCAAAGGCAGUAAAGCAGGAAUGUGCGCCUGUCACUCUCCAUUGCCAUCGAUACGGGGUGCCGUGAUUGUUCUCGGAGCUGGAGACACUGCUUUCGACUGUGCAACAUCCGCUUUGCGUUGUGGAGCCCGCCGCGUGUUCAUCGUCUUCAGAAAAGGCUUUGUUAAUAUAAGAGCUGUCCCCGAGGAGGUGGAGCUUGCUAAGGAAGAGAAGUGUGAAUUUUUGCCUUUCCUGUCCCCACGGAAGGUUAUAGUAAAAGGUGGAAGAAUUGUUGCUAUGCAAUUUGUUCGGACAGAGCAAGAUGAAACUGGGAAAUGGAAUGAAGAUGAAGAUCAGCUAGUCCAUCUGAAAGCCGAUGUGGUCAUCAGUGCCUUUGGUUCAGUUCUGAAUGAUCCUAAAGUAAAAGAAGCCUUGAGUCCUAUAAAAUUUAACAGAUGGGGUCUCCCGGAAGUAAAUCCAGAAACUAUGCAAACCAGUGAACCAUGGGUGUUUGCAGGUGGUGAUAUUGUUGGUUUGGCUAACACGACAGUGGAAUCGGUAAAUGAUGGAAAGCAAGCUUCUUGGUUCAUUCACAAAUAUAUACAGUCACAAUAUGGGACUUCAGUUCCUGCCAAGCCCGAACUACCCCUCUUUUAUACUCCUGUUGAUCUGGUGGACAUUAGUGUGGAAAUGGCUAGAUUGAAGUUCAUAAAUCCUUUUGGUCUUGCUAGUGCAACUCCAUCUACUAGCGCCUCAAUGAUUCGGAGAGCUUUUGAAGCUGGAUGGGGUUUUGCCCUAACCAAAACUUUCUCUCUUGAUAAGGACAUUGUGACAAAUGUCUCACCCAGAAUCGUCCGGGGGACCACCUCUGGGCCCAUGUAUGGCCCUGGACAAAGCUCCUUCCUGAAUAUUGAGCUCAUCAGUGAAAAAACAGCGGCAUAUUGGUGUCAAAGUGUCACUGAACUAAAGGCUGACUUUCCAGACAAUAUUGUGAUUGCUAGCAUCAUGUGCAGUUACAAUAGAAAUGACUGGAUGGAGCUCUCCCAAAUGGCUGAGACUUCUGGAGCAGAUGCCCUGGAGUUAAAUUUAUCGUGUCCACAUGGCAUGGGAGAAAGAGGAAUGGGCUUGGCCUGCGGGCAGGAUCCAGAGCUGGUGCGGAACAUCUGUCGCUGGGUUAGGCAAUCUGUUCAAGUUCCUUUUUUUGCCAAAUUGACCCCAAACGUCACUGAUAUCGUCAGCAUUGCAAAAGCUGCAAAGGAAGGUGGUGCAGACGGUGUUACAGCCACCAAUACUGUCUCGGGUCUGAUGGGAUUAAAAGCUGAUGGCACACCCUGGCCAGCAGUGGGCAUUGGGAAGAGGACUACUUAUGGAGGAGUGUCUGGCACAGCGAUCAGACCUAUUGCUUUGAAAGCUGUGACGUCCAUCGCUCGUGCUUUGCCUGGAUUUCCCAUUUUGGCCACUGGUGGAAUUGACUCAGCCGAAAGUGGUCUUCAGUUUCUCCACAGUGGAGCUUCAGUCCUCCAGGUUUGCAGUGCUGUUCAGAAUCAGGAUUUCACUGUGAUCGAAGACUAUUGCACUGGUCUCAGAGCCCUGCUUUAUCUGAAAAGCAUCGAGGAACUACAAGACUGGGAUGGGCAGAGUCCAGCUACCGUGAGCCACCAGAAAGGAAAACCAGUUCCCCAAAUCCCAGAACUCACAGGAAAGAAAUUGCCAAGUUUUGGACCUUAUCUUGAGCAGCGCAAGAAAAUCAUAGCAGAGAACAAGAUUAAACUGAAAGAAGAAAAUGCAGCUUUUCUACCACUCAAGAGAAACUAUUUUACCCCUAAAAAGCCUAUUCCUACUAUGAAGGAUGUAAUUGGAAAGGCACUGCAGUACCUUGGGGCAUUUGGUGAACUGAGCAACACAGAGCAAGUCGUGGCUAUGAUCGAUGAAGAAAUGUGUAUCAACUGUGGCAAAUGCUACAUGACCUGUAAUGACUCUGGCUACCAGGCUAUACAGUUUGAUCCCGAAACCCACCUGCCCACCAUUACCGAUGCUUGUACAGGCUGUACUCUGUGUCUGAGCGUCUGCCCUAUUAUCGACUGCAUCAAAAUGGUUUCCAGGACAACACCUUAUGAACCAAAGAGAGGCUUGCCCUUAGCUGUGAAUCCAGUGUGUUAAGGUGAUUUGUGAAACCAGUUGCUGUGAACUUUGAGGUCACCCACAUAUGCUUAUCUUUUUAAUUGUGACUAUUACAUUCAGCUCUUUCUAAAUUAAAGCAAAUAUAUAAUUUCUAGAUAAAAAUGUAUCUAAAUGAAUUUCUAAAUUUUAAAAAUGUCUGCUACCAGUGACCAUUUAAUUAAUGGUUAUAAAAUAGAAUCAUUCUUUUCUGAGGAUAGUUGUUAAAUAACUAUGUAACCGUUAAUUGGAUGUUCACUGUCAGUUGUCUGUUAUGAAAAAUAUUAAUUUUUUGUGGCAAUUAAUGCAACAAUUUCCAAAUUGCCUAUGCUGUGCUCUGUCUUUGAUUUCUAAUUGCAAGUAAAAUUAAGUAUUUCAGAACAAAGUACAAUUUCGCAUACAAGAAAAUGUUUCCAAGGAAACAUUUUAUAAUUAAAAGUUACAUUUAAUUUUAACACUGUUUCUAAGCAAAUAUAAUUAGCUCCAUAAAGCACAAAUGAAGAAAGUCAAAUAAUUUUUUACUGUGUCAGGAAAAGAAAGCCAAAGAUGGUUUGCAAAACUUUUUAAAGGCCCUUUCACUAAAAUAGCUUCUUUUUGGUGCUGGAUACUGUGCUACUGGAUAUAGAAAGCGAGAGUAUUCAGUAACCAUUUAUAUCACUCAUGCCUGAGACAGGUGUCCAGACUCCACCAAUGAAUCAACAUGCUGUUCUUACUUAAAUAUUUAAACUAUGUUCCUAACAAAAUAAGAUGUUAGGAUGGAGCUCUGGUUAAAGCCACUCUCGCUGUGCACGGAUCUGUUCUAUCUGCUUUUAAUAGUAACUUUCAUGAUUAUAGCAAUUAAUGUUUGAACAAAGCCCGAAUUAUACAGCAGUGGGUCAUGUGCUUCGUUAUUCAAGAAUGAAAAAUAUAGUAUUGGCAGUAUGUUAAAUAUACCAAAAAAAAAAAAACAAAAAAAAACAAAAAACAGUUUUACUCUUUAUUUUAGUGCUUAUGUUAAAUUUCAAAAUGGAAUUUUAAAAUAUAUUUUUCUGUUAUUGCCAUAUAAUAUUUUUGCAUUUCUCUAUUUUUAUAAUCAGCAAAUAACACCAUGUAAAUUCAUUUAUCUCUGAUUUGUAGCAUAUUUUCAUAUGAAUUCAUAAGUCGUAAGUCUUUAAGUAACAAUCUAUGGCACAUUUCUAUGACAAAUACAAGAUCUAGAAAAAUAAAAUGUUUUUAUUAUACACUUUUAGAAAUGAACAUUUACCAAAAAAA